AUGGCAGACUCAGAGCAGACUCCCACCCAGGAGAAUAUGACCAUGAUGCAAGGCUUCGAAUGGUAUGUUCCAGACGACCAUAAGCAUUGGGUCCGGCUCCAUGACAACAUCCCCCAGCUCAAAGCUGCCGGAAUCGACAACAUCUGGGUCCCUCCCGGAUGCAAAGCUUCCUCCCCAUCUGGAAACGGCUAUGAUAUUUACGAUCUCUAUGAUCUGGGCGAGUUCGACCAGAAGGGAGGAAGGGCUACAAAAUGGGGCACAAAGGAAGAGCUUGUGGCAAUGGUAAAGAAAGCCAAUGAGGUCGGCGUGGGAAUUUACUGGGAUGCAGUCCUGAACCACAAGGCAGCUGCAGACCACAAGGAGAAGUGCGAGGCCCAAGAAGUUGACUCUGACGACCGAAACAAGACCAUCUCAGACCCCUACCAGAUCGAUGCUUGGUUGGGAUUCGACUUUCCCGGCAGAAAAGACAAGUACUCGAAACAGAAGUACCACUGGUAUCAUUUCUCCGGAACAGAUUACAAUGCCGACAACAACAAGACAGCCAUCUACAAGAUUCUUGGAGACAAGAGCAAAGGCUGGGCUGAUGGAGAUGAUGUUGAUUCAGAGAAGGGCAACUAUGAUUACCUCAUGUUUGCUGAUCUCGAUUACUCGCAUCCAGAAGUCAGUGCUGAUGUGAUUAAUUGGGGUGUCUGGUUGAGCAAGGAGAUCACCAUAAAGGGUAUCCGUUUUGAUGCCGUUAAGCAUUUCAGUGAGGAUUUCUUGAGAGACUUCAUUACCAAGAUGGACGAAACGCAUGGUAAGGGGUGGUUUUUCGUCGGUGAGUUCUGGAAGGACAGCCUGGCGGAUAUGAGUGCGUACUUGCAACGCAUGGGCAAGAAAUUCAGCUUGUUCGAUGCACCACUUGUGUAUAACUUCAGUACUUUGAGUAAGACCGAGGGUGGAGAUUUAAGAAAGGUGUUUGACGAUACCUUGGUUCAUACCGAGCCGAUCAACGCUGUGACAUUGGUCAUGAACCACGACACUCAACCCUACCAAGCCCUCGAAGCCGCCAUUGAGCCAUUCUUCAAGCCCCUCGCCUACGCUCUCAUUCUCCUCCGCGACACCGGCUACCCCUGUGUCUUCUACGGCGAUCUCUACGGCAUCCAAGGCGAGCACCCCUUCCCACCAUCCUGCGGCGGUGCUCUACCAUCUCUCACCCUCGCCCGCAAACUCUAUGCCUACGGUAAGCAAGCCGAUUACUUCGACUACGCUACCUGUAUCGGCUGGGUCAGAUACGGAACCUGGGACAGGAGAUUUGGCUGUGCUACCGUGCUGAGCAAUGCUGGACCAGGCGAGAAGAGGAUGCAUGUUGGUGAGAUGCAUGCUGGUGAGAAGUGGACUGAUGUUCUUGGAUGGGGUGAGGGUGAGGUCGAGAUUGAUGCGGAGGGAUAUGGUGUUUUCACUUGUCCUGGUGUGAGUGUCAGCGUUUGGGUCAACAAGGAUGCAGAGGGAAGAGAUCAGUUUGGGAAGUUUGAUGACGAUAUCUACAAGAAGAAGUGA